AUAAAAGAUGAAUAGAUAUGCAAAGAUUGACAACUGAAGCAAACAAACUAUAAUAUAAGGAGAAAUACAGCCCCCGGAGAGAGACUGGACCAUCACCACCAUCACCACCACCAUCAUCACCACCUCCCGGGCUCAUCACCACCGCUAUGUCCAUGAUCAACACCGGGAAGCUUGCCGGCCGCACCCUCUUCAUCACCGGGGCCAGCAGAGGCAUCGGCAAGGCCAUCGCGCUGAGGGCCGCUGGUGAUGGGGCCAACAUUGUGGUUGCCGCCAAGACAGCCGACCCUCACCCCAAGCUGCCCGGGACCAUCUACACCGCUGCGAAGGAGAUUGAAGCCGCGGGAGGCCAAGCGCUACCCUGUGUAGUGGACGUGAGGGACGAGGGGUCAGUAAAGAGUGCUGUGGACAAUGCCGUCAAGCAGUUUGGUGGCAUUGAUAUUCUCGUCAACAAUGCCAGUGCGAUUUCCCUCACACGCACGCUGGAUACCCCCAUGAAGAAGUAUGACCUCAUGCACCAGAUCAACCUCCGUGGGACAUACCUGGUGUCCAAACUAUGUGUCCCCCACCUACUGAAGAGCCCCAACGCUCACAUCCUCAACAUCUCGCCGCCACUCAACAUGAAUCCACGCUGGUUUAAGGACCAUGUGGCAUACACCAUGGCCAAGUACGGCAUGUCCAUGUGCAUUCUGGGCAUGGCGGAGGAGUACAGGGAUGAUGGAAUAGCCUGCAAUGCACUCUGGCCAAGGACUGCCAUCAUUACGGCCGCCAUGGAGAUGCUGGGUGGGGACGAGGUGGACAAGCAGUGCCGGAAGCCGGAGAUCAUGGCCGACGCAGCCUACGCCAUCAUCACCAAGGACUCAAGGUCAUACACAGGGCACUUUGCCGUGGACGAUGAAGUCCUCAAGGCCGAGGGCAUCACCAACUUUGACCAGUAUGCCGUGGAUCCCAACUACCCACUGCUGCCUGACUUCUUCCUGGAUGAGUUUGACGCAGCGGCCGUGGAGCAGGCGCAGCAGCUGGGGGCCAAGCCGAAGUUCUUUGAAGGCAAGACCAUGGAGUCAGACAAACCCAAGGCAGCGGGAGGGCAGGUGGCGCAGGUGUUCACCCAGAUUGAAGGGUUCCUGAGUGCUGAUCUGGUGGACAAGACCAAGGCUGUGUAUGCCUUUGAGGUCACUGGUGAUGAGGCUGGCAAGUGGUUCAUUGACCUCAAGAAUGGCACUGGAGCCUGUGGGAAAGGGGAAUGCCCUGUCACCCCUGAUGCCACCUUCAUCAUGAACGGCAACAACUUCUUCAAGAUGUUCUCUGGCUCCUUGAAGCCGGCCACUGCCUUCAUGACGGGCAAGAUGAAGAUCUCUGGGGACAUGGGCAAGGCUCUUAAGCUGGAGCAGCUCAUGGGCAAGCUCAAGUCCAAGUUGUAAGCCUUUUUUGGAUGUCUUCAAAGUUUAUUGUAAGCUUCAGUAAUGUACUAAAGUUAAAUAAUGCAAGCUUUGAGUGGCAUGUUGACAAACAUUUAGGUCUUGAUCAAAUAGCUUCCAGUUUUGUGAAGUUUGACAUACACACUGAAUUUCAUCUGAGUUUACUGUGAACCAGUGCAAGCCAUGGAUUUUAAUGGGUCUGUGAGAUUCAGGUGUAUUAACUAAUGCUUUGGAACUGUGAGACGUACAAGAAUUUUUAUCAGCAUUACAUUUUGUUUAUCUCUGUGGGGGUUGUUUUUUUAGUCUUGUAAAUAUGUUUGUAUAGUGAAAUCAUUUGUAUACUCAGGCAGAGAAGCAAGACAUAUAAGUCUUUCGAGAUAUUAGAUAUACACGGCAGCACACAGUUAGGUCUUUCGAGUACUAAAUGAAAAACUUACACGACAGUAACAGGGAAAGAUAUUAAACUGUAGUGCCCUGGAUCUAUCAUUACCAUAAAGUAUCUAUGAUGCAGGAAAUAUUAUAGAUACUUUAAGGUAAUGAUAAAUCUUGGGCAUUAUAAAGGAACCAGAUAUGACUUGAAUGAAACUGUCCAUUCACUAUUUUUACUUAACUACAAAUGUGUUCUGUCAUGUGUAUGGUUGUUUUUUUUUAGUUUAUGAAUGCUUGCCAGCGGUGCAGCUUUGGCCGUUCGCUUGUUCAGGGUCUGUGUUCAUUGGCUCUCUGGGGUCUGAAGUAGAGUACCUAUGUGUUGGGAGAAUAGCGACAACUCCAAGAGAGGACGGCAUUUUUUUAACCAGCCCAGCGGUGCACAUUGACUCCUUGCCUGGCAUGUGUGCUGUCCUAUCUCUUCUGGUGCUGCUGAGAGUUGACGUAAACACUAACAAAGGCAAAAGAUAAAAGUAGGAGGUGAUGAAUGAGAAGUAGAAUGUUCACAGCUGAUGUUUAUAUUUAAGUGAUUCUUCUUUCUUGUGACCUGUUCUGCUUUGUAUCACUUCUUAGGUCCUCCUUGAUUCUUCUUCACACUUGUAUACUCCACCAUGUAUGCACCGAGUUCUGUUUUCCAUUCACAUUGCUUACACAGUCUUUGUUUUCUAUUUCCUUUCGUUUGAUUCCCUCAAUUUUGGACUAUUUUUGGUUUUCACAUUCCCUUUUUCAGCCUCUUAGUUGUUGAUUAUUAUUGGACUUUUUGUUAUUUCUUCUUUCCUUUUCCUUUGUUUCCUUCAUUUUUGUCCCCUUGGUCUUUUUGUAUUUUCCUUUUUCAGCCUCUUAUUUGUUGAUUAUUAUUGCACUUUUUGUUAUUUCUUCUUUCCUUUCCUUUGUUUCCUUCAUUUUUGUCCCCUUGGUCUUUUUGUAUUUCCUUUUUGCAGCCUCUCAUUUGUUGAUUAUUAUUGCACUUUUUGUUAUUUCUUCUUUCCUUUCCUUUGUUUCCCUCACUUUUGGCCCCUUGGUCUUUUGGCAUAUCUCUCUUCUGUCCUCUUAUUCAUUUUCUACUAUUGCACUUGCCUGUUUAUUUUCUUAUUUCUUUUCUAUCAUUGCACUCGGCUUGUUCUCUUUUGUUAUUUCUUCUUCAUUACGCAUCACACGAAAAUGGGAUCCGAUUGUAGAGUUGUCGCUGCUCUCUUAAAGUUUCAAGAGUUUAGAGGUGCUUGUUGGGUGGAGGCCUCGAGGGUGUUCGUGAGCGUAUGAGUGUGUUCCUGCAUUGGUUCUCCCCCGGUGCGGACUCCUUCAUCCUUCUCCUCUGUGAUGGAAUGCAGCGAGCGUUCACAAAGUCUGUCAUUUUAUCUCAGACACAACACGAAAAUGCAAUAUUUUGAUAAGAUAUCCUGAAUUGUUAUAUAUAUAUUCUUAAUUAAAGCGAUCAGAACUUCUUUA